AUGUCAACCAUCAAGAAAGUCAUAACGUCAAUGGACACCAACGAAUUCAUAAUAGGAGGAGAUGCAAAUGCUAACAGUAUCUGGUGGGGAUGUGUUGCAGAUGACAAAAGAGGAACCUGUAUAACUGAGACAUUGGCUGAACUAAACCUGGAAAUACUAAAUAUAGGUACGACUCCAACGUUUAGUGCUUAUAGAAUGGGCAUACUUUGUUCUAGCAUUAUCGACAUCACUGCUUGUUCAGCUUCCGUACUACAAAAAAUUAAAAACUGGAGAGUAGACGACACAUUCUGCACGUUAUCUAAUCAUAAGCCUAUCCUCUACCAGAUAGAACUCGAGAAUAUAAAACUAGACAAAGUAAUCAGCGUUACAAGAAAAUAUCACACAAAAAAAGUAAAUUGGGUGCACUUCAAAACAGAAUUGACUAAAGAAUUAGAAGAAAUAGGUAUCAAUAGAGAUAAAAUCACAGUAAUAAACACAGAGCAAGAACUGGACAACUUAGUUGAUGACUACAUGCAUGCUAUAAUAUAUAAUCUUAAAGCGAUAAAAUAA